UUGACUGAAAGUGAGGUUUGCUCAUUUUUCUGCUCUUUCCACAAUGCCUUUCUCAAGGCACCUCUGCAUUUAUUGUGGGAUUUUAGGGACUUUUCUCUUAUCUGUCUACGCCGUGACACUGAAGACGUCCCGAGAUGGACUAGGCAAGCAACAUGUCAAAAAAGCAGUUUUCCAGGAUGUAUUGUACGAAUUUGUCAUAAAGCCACACUCACUGGGACAGGCGAGUGAAGACUGCUCGGCCCGAGGAGGGAAACUUCUGAAUUAUCUGGACUGUGAAAUCAAGAAUUUCUUUUCCGAAUUGUUCAAGGAACAUGGCAGCGCUGCUCCAGGCUGGUGGAUCGAUGGUGGUUUGACAGGAUCUUACGAUGAAUGUGUAGAUAUUACAGCAAUGCCUACUCCUCAACCUGGUCUACAGUCUUGCACAUACUUAAUAAUGGAUCCUUUCCAGCUAGUGACCACACCCUACUGCAAUAUGACCUUCAGUUACCUGUGUACUCAGGAUUUACAAGCAGAUAAAAAAGAAAAUAAACGCACAGAGAGGAGCAUUCGGGUUCGGAGGAGCACAGACAACAUAAUCAGUGGCUUGUUAGGGCAAAUGAAUACAGGAGCAUCAGCAACAAAAUUGACAGACGUCCUUGUUGCUGCUAAUCAAAUAUUAUACCAUGUUGCAAAUGACCCGAUGGUGAUGGAUUUUUCUGCAAAGAAACAGUACUUUGAGUAUAUACUAAAAACCUUAAAGGCAAUGAAAUCAAUAGGCGCAGAGAAGGACCUCACUGUAAACUGUACUGCAGGCCUUGUUUCACACAAUUCUGAACAGUGUGACUCAGAUAUCACCCCAGAAAAUGUUGAGGAGCUGAUUAUUCUAGCUUCCCAGAUUUAUAUGCAGAUAAAUAUACUGACAUCGCAAGCAACUAAUCAAGUAUACGCCUGGCCUUUCAUAGAGGGGACACUCUUUACAACACAACAGGAACCAAAAAAUUUGGAGAACAUGACACUUGGGAACAUGGCCGAUGGUGCUUGUCAGUUUCCAAGUUUUGAUACAUUAAAGGGACAGAUGCCAGCUACCCCUGUCAGCGUUCAGCUGUUUGGUUAUAAAUCAAACCCAAUGGUUGGCCAAUCAAACGUUAGCAUCACCGGAACUGUUUGCAGCCUGUCAAUCACGAAUGAUGCAUCAUCUACUGUCAAACUCAGCAAUCUCUCAAGUUUCAUAGAAGUAUUUCUGCCACGUGACAAUGCCCCUGAACCAGAACUUAAAAGUGCACCUGUGAAAUACGGGUUUGCUUUGAUCACAUCCUUCAACGUCACGGACCCGAACUCAACUGUCAUUGUUACUGCACUGCCACAAAAUACAAGCUACUCUCUUCUGGUGUCCCUGUCUCACACCUACCAAUCAACCAAUAGCAGUCUCCGUACCAUCCUGACUGGCCGCAGUGAUAAAUAUCGCUGGAUCAUCCACCCCGAGAUGCUCAACGGUAGCAGAGGGACUAUGUAUGUGAACAUAACGCUGCACAACUACACAUCGAGUGUUCCAGUGAACGUCAGUGUCUCGCUCAUGAACUUUAAGUGUGUGUACUGGGAUAACGAUUUAAACGACUGGAGCAGAGAUGGAUGCUGGGUCGGUCCCAAAACGGAACCCAACAUGACGCAUUGCUUGUGUAACCAUAACACUUUUUACGGAAGCAGCUUUUUUGUGAUGCCCAAUCCAAUAGACUUGUCAAAAACAGCUGCGCUUUUCGCCACCAUCAACCAAAAUUACGUGGUCGCCGCUGUCCUUGGUGCUUUUUUCUUCCUCUAUCUGAUCCUCGUGGUAUGGGCCUGGUACGCUGACAAGAAAGCCCAGAGAACGCGCAAGGUAAUGCUGCUGGAGGACAAUCAUCCCUGCGCUCAUUAUAACUACAUGGUGAAUGUACAGACAGGAAACCGGAAGCAAGCGGGAACCACGGCUAAGGUUAUGAUGUCUAUGGAUGGCACUGAUGGCGAGAGCGACAUCCAUCACCUAACUUACCCGGAUCAGCCUGCAUUUGAGAAAGGAGGAGUGGACGUAUUUAUGAUUAGCACUCCGUUCCCACUUGGAGAGCUCCAGAGCCUUAAACUGUGGCAUGACAACACUGGAGGAGAUCCAGACUGGUAUGUACAGAAGGUGAUAGUGCAGGACUUGCAGACCCGUCAGAUCUGGCACUUCCUGUGCAACACCUGGAUAAAGGGUAACGGCGACAAAAGAACCUUCAACCCAGCGAAGAAGAACGAGAUCACCAGUUUUGGCAAUUUAUUCCACGCUCGGACAUCCACUGGCUUCCGAGACGAGCACAUUUGGAUGUCUAUUGUGAAUCCUCCACGCCACAGCCCCUUCACCCGAGUGCAGCGAGUCUCCUGCUGUAUGUGCCUGCUGCUGUGUACCAUGGUCAUUAACAUCAUGUUCUGGAACAUUCCCAAAGAUGGAGAAUCUCCUGUCAUCGUUAAGAUAGCUGACUUUCAACUCACCUGGCAGCAGAUCAUGGUAGCAGUGGAAAGUGCCCUCCUCAUGUUCCCCAUUAACAUCCUCAUCGUCACCAUAUUCCGCAGUAUACAGCCUCGUAUUAAAAAAGAAGAUGUGGAAAAGUCCAAAACCAGCACUGGCGACAAAUCUUCUGUUGUUUCCAUGCAGACUAUCCUUAAGGACACACAAGAUAUUGUAAAUCUCCUGAGCAAAAGUCCCAAGAACUGCGUGAUUGCCAUGUCGCAAAGUCUUGAGACCACCGCAGACCUGUUUGCUGCGCUUAAUCAAAUGCAUGACGUUGUUGUAAAUAUACAAGGCCAGACAGUCGGGGAUCAGCACUGGGCCCACUGUAGCCGUUUUCUCUUUCACACUUCAUGCCAUUUGUCAAAGUUACUGGAACGUGCCGGAGAGAAAGUGUUUCCUCAUCCUGAGGAUCUCGAUCUGGCCAAGAGCACGGUGAACAUGAUGCUGAAGAAGUCUGAGGCAUUGACCAGCACUCAUCCAGUGCAGUGCUUCGUGCCUGUACAAGAUAAACCGAAAAAAUCCGGCUGCAAGCUGCCCUGGUGGUUCGUCUUUAUCGGCUGGGGUCUCCUCCUUGCCAUAAGCGGCAUCUCGACCUUCUUCACCCUGCUGUACGGCCUUCAGUAUGGAAAGGACUCGUCCACUAAAUGGGUCAUCACCCUCACAUUGUCCAUGUUCCAGAGCAUCUUCAUCAUCCAGCCUCUGAAGGUUGUCGGUCUGGCCAUCUUCUUCGCGCUCAUCCUGAGGCCGGUGACAGUCGACGAUGACCAGGAGGUUGAAAUUUUGCUAGACGAAAAACAAGAAAAAUGUGAGGAAUACUGUGGACGGCACAUGCACCAGGCCUAGAUGAUAAGAAGAACCAAUGCAAAAGAACUGAACUAAACUGACUCUUGAAGUAAACAUGAUAUGGGUGGAGGUUUUAUCUUUUGUAUCAUAAAUGUGUACUAUAUGUGCCUUUAUUUUUCCUCUAAAACCCCAUAAUGCAUGCAAAAUACAGUGCAACCUGUAAGUACCUGUAAAGUGACACAUUGGAUUUGAAAUCAAUAACUAAGUGGUUAAAAUGCAACAUCAAAAUCCGAGCCAUACUUUUACACUGCACAUGUUCAAACUGACAGAAAUCGUGUCACUAGUUAAUUGCUUACAGAGUGCUCAGAUUAUUUUUUUUUUUGCAACUUAUUUACUAUAUAUAUAUAAUCUUAGCAAAACUGUAUAUUUUAUUAUAUGUUUAAAAUGAGAACGUGUAAAGAAAUUAAACACCGCAUCAUAACUUUGUGGGAAUGUCGAAGUGGAAUAAGCGAUCUGGUUUUCUCAUUUCAGAGAUUUGGGUGUAAAUAUAUC